UGUCUCUUGGGGUUUUUUUUCUGUUUCUUCCUGAUUUUUCAAGUUGAAGCCAAGAAACAGAAAUAAGUAACUCUUAGCGAGAGACAUCUGCGCGGACUGACACCACCACCAUGUCCCUGGUAACCCUGCAGCUCUCAGCUGUGGAUGGGGCACCCAACUUCGCACCUGCCCAGGAAGAUGAGAAAAGCCGUAGAAAACGAAUGCAAAGGAGGCAGAGUUUUGUUAUGGUUAAAGGGGCCGCAAUUCUUCUGCAGGAUGAAGGAGACCAAGAACAGGCUGCAGAGCUCCCUCCGACAUCAGGGCCCAGUGAGCAACAACUUCAUCUUCAAGCUAUGCUGAGGCUACUCCGGGCAGAAGACAUCCUAAAACUGGCAGUGCGACUGGAGCCUGUACGCUUAUGUCUUAUACGUUAUCUGCUUGUGGUUUCCUCCGCCGGAGCUUCAAGCGAUGAGGAAACUAUCCUACUGGGUGUUGACUUCCCUCAUGAUGGGUCCCAGGACUGCACAAUUGGCACUGUUCUACCUGUGUGGAGCAACACACAAGUUUUUCUAGAUGGUGAUGGUGGUUUCAGCGUCACUUCGGGAAAGGAUGUCAGGGCAUUUAAGCCCAUAUCAGUGCAAACAAUGUGGUCGCUCCUUCAGAUGCUCCAUAAAGCCUGUGAAGCUGCUGAGUCUAGUAAUGUCAUCCCAGAAAGUAUCCUCCAUUCUGGGGUUACCUACUAUCAGGGACAUCGUGGGUCACCCCAGGGUUGCCUAAAUGCAUGGAUGUCCACCUCUGACAUCGUUUCCACCCGUAGGGACCCCACCACACCGGAGAGAGAAGAGACGGAAAGAAUCAUCAGAAAUAAAUUAAGAGAUAUCCUGAGGGCGAGUGACCUGGAGAACAUAACAUCCAAAGAGGUACGGCGGGCUUUAGAACAGCACACGCUAUGUAAUCUGCAGGAUUACAUGGAGUUUAUAGACAACGAAAUGAUGAUGAUCCUCGCACAGAUGGACAGACCUUCAGAGAUCUUUCCCUAUCUUUACUUGGGAUCUGAGUGGAAUGCAUCGAAUCUUGAAGAGCUUCAGAAGAAUAAGGUCACUCACAUCCUGAAUGUUACCCGGGAGAUUGAUAACUUUUUUCCUGAUAUCUUUACGUAUCUUAAUAUCCGAGUUUUGGAUGAAGAUAGUACAGACCUCAUGCAGCACUGGAAGGAGACUCACCGCUUCAUCUCCUCUGCCAGGCGACAAGGAUCCUCUGUGCUUGUCCACUGCAAGAUGGGAGUCUCUCGCUCAGCCUCCACGGUCAUUGCUUAUGCUAUGAAGGAAUAUGAAUGGACUUUGGAGGAAGCUCUGAAAUAUGUGAAGGAGAGACGGAGCAUUGUCCAGCCAAAUUCUGGGUUUCUGAGACAACUUCAAAUAUAUCAGGGCAUUCUAGGAGCCAGCAAGCAAAGACAUUGCUAUCUUUGGGAUCCCAGCUCAACUCCACCCAUCUCUCAGGUGAUAAGUCCUCUUGAAACAUUGCAUGGCACAAAAGCCACUGCCCGUGUUCCACGAGCAUUGAAGAUAAGCUUGCGUACUCUUAUGCGCUCUAUCAGUGAAAUGGAGGGCACAGAAAAUGUUACAUCACAGGAGGAAAUCAUAGACAUAGCACAAAGGAAGACCAUGUCAGAGAGGGAUGAAAGUGUGUUGGAGAAAGUGGAUACUGCAUCUGAGAGGGAAGACAGCAUAACAGAGAUGAACAAGGACAGUAUAAAAGAAGGUAGUGUAGAGGAUGUGACGGAAGCAACAGUCAAUGAAGUGCAAAAUGAGACGAUGUUGGAGGAAAAGGAGAUCAGAGAGCCUUUUAUACAACAGAGCCACAACCCAUCCCAAGACAGUAUUCCAAUGCAAUGCGAUGAAGACAACACUUCUGUAGAUGAGGUAUUUGGAAACCGUUCUCCUUCUUCUCAGUCCCCACGUGCAGCAUCCUCUUCUGCUCGUAGAAGGUCACGGCGCAGAAGGAAACACCUGGCCCAGCAGUCUUCAGACCACUCUCAGCAUGGCUUUUCAGUCAAGUCACCAUCUGUGUCAGAUCUAGAGGGGGCAGGCAUAGUGUCCAAGCGUCUGCAGAAUGAGCGCAGGGCAAGGAUUGUUCGACAGAGCAACAUUGCUGAGACUUCAGAAGAUAUAUAGUCCUACAAAAACAGUACAGUUUAUUCAAAGAGAGACGCAUAUUUUAUUUUUCUAAGUUUUUAUUCUGCAUUCUUUUCUCCACAAUAAACCUGGAGAAUGCCAUGCCGCUGCAGAGGGGACCCAAAAUUCUGGCAGACAUAUUUUUUUUGUAUUUUAAACAAAAUGCAUUGUUUUCCUUUUUAAUUAUAUGCACUCUAUAAUAAUAAAGUAUAUAAAGAGGAGCAGUGAUGUAGCAUUUACCAUAAUAUGAUGCAAUGUGCAAUGCAGCAGAGAAAUGCCAGAGAAUAUUUCUAAACAUGCAUUGGAUAAUUUAAGAGACAUGUAACCGAUACAUAUACUAAAUGUACUAAAACUUUACAUUAAAAUGGCAAAACAUAUCAGUUUUGCCCUUCCCUC